GAUAAGCUCAUAGCUCUAUUUUUUGAUACAGAGAAAUUUAGGAUCUCUGUACCCCCCAUCUUACACAAGCCGACCUUUAUGCGAGAGGUAAUACUUCUUAGCUGUCCUACGAAACCAUGAAGCUUAUAUCAUAUUGACAAAAUUCCAGUAUAACGAGCAUUGGAAAGACCCAUCCCGCGCAGACUUCAUAUGGCUAGGGCUCCUCUUCUCAAUACUUGGCCUCACAAUGCUCUCCUUUCACCAAUUCGGGGAGCCGCCAGAAUACGAAGGCAUCUCAGAGUCUCUAUUCCAACUUUAUCGCAUCCGUACAGCACAGUGUUUGCUUAAUGGCGACAUUGCGAAAUGCCUUCCUUACACUAUUGAGACCUUGAGGUUCAACGCAACAGCCGAGCUCAACAGAAAAGACGACAACCGUCGCGGCUUAUGGAUUAUGACAGGAGUCAUUGUACGAGCUGCAAUAAAUAUGGGCUAUCAUCGUGACCCUUCUCAUUCCCCGUUUAUCUCACCGUUCCAGGCAGAAUAUCGACGUCGUAUUUGGAUGUCGGUGAUUAUCAUGGACGAUAUGGCCUCAUUCCUUGGGGGCUUUCCUCGAACGGGCUCAACACUAUUUUCGGAUACAAUGGAGCCACGAAACAUCCACGACUGGGAGUUAUCGGAAGGAACUACGUCCCUGCCGUCAUCCAGGCCCCUGGAAGAGUCUACUGCAACGACCUACAUGAUAGCAAAGACCCGCCUCUUCCGUGCGAUCGGACGUAUUGCAGAUUUUAAUAACACCCCAACGCUUGUCACCUACGACACUGUUCGCGAAAUUGACCAGGCGCUGUAUGAUGCAUAUGAGCAGUUUCCUUCACAUUUAAAGGUCCAAAAAGAGGGCAAUGCCAUCCCCUUAGGAAACUCAGCAGAGGUUUCCAGAUUCAGCCUCUGCUCAAUGUAUCACAGAGCCAUGUGCACUCUUCAUAGAAAGUUCAUGGCCAAAGGGCUGCUUGAUAGCAGAUUCAAGUUAUCCCACGAUCGAUGCAUGACAUCCGCGUUGACCUUACUAGAUUACCAAGUGGCACUAGAGCCAUCCUGGUACAAGUCCUCAUUAACGCGACAAGUGUUGACUCUAGCUGCUAUGAUUCUCUUUUUGGAGUUGGAGCUCGCGCGGCGUUUUAACAACACAGACACAUCCGGUAGCAAAGUACUGCACACACUGGAAAGGUCUUGUGAUCUCUGGAGACGCGCGAAGGACUCCUACGAAGAAGCUGGGAGAGUGUAUGAUAUUAUUGUGCGGAUGAUCGCAAGCUUCCGGCCCGAAUCUGCAACUACUUCAGCCCAUGCCUUAGAUCUUCAAGGAUUCAGUUCUCCAUUCAGGGCCUUUGAUGGCGUCGAUCAAUCGCUUGAGAAGGAGACGCUGGAUGUAGAUAUAGAUUGGACUACGUGGGAUGCCUUCAUCCAGGAUACCGAGUUGCAGGACGGGCCUAUCUAUUGAUCAAAGGGCUAUGUACCUAGUAGUCAAAAUCCUAUCACCAACGUUUACU